AUUAAUGUGAGACGAAAUGUCGUUAGAAGCAAAUUUACAGUAUGAUCAAUUAAAUGACAAAAUAAUUGGCUUUGAAGAUUGGGGACAUAGACGCACAUCAUUAAUAGCCGAUCAUGUACUGGUCUUCAUGGUACGAGGAUUGUUGAAAGGAUGGAAAUUUCCAUUGAGUUACAACUUCUGCAAAAGUCAAACAAAAUCUGCACAAUUAUUAAGAUGUAUUAAAGAAAUUGUAAAAGAAUUGACUCAAGUUGGUUUGACAAUUAUCACAACUGUAUGCGACCAAGGAGGGCCAAAUAUGGCAACUAUUAGAAAACUUCUCGAGGAUUCAAAAAACAAAUGUAUGCAAAUAGGUCAAAAAUAUCGAGGUACGAUAGAACUUUAUGGGCAAAAUAUUAUACCCAUCUAUGAUCCACCGCAUCUUUUAAAAGGAAUCCGUAAUAAUUUAUUAUUAAAAAAUUUGGAAUUUAAUGACACUAAUCCAAAAACAGACGAACGACAAUUUGCCUCGUGGGAUAUUAUUGAACUGGCCUAUAAAAUGGAUAUUAACACAAAUACAUUAAAUCGUCAAGUGCCACCAUUGACUGAUGAACACGUAAUUGUAUCAAAGAUUAAAAAAAUGAAAGUUAAGUGUGCUGCUCAAAUUUUUAGUGCAAGAUUAUCAGCAUAUAUUGAAUACAACAGCAAAAUUAAAGGAGAAUUUAUUGAUUCACAAAUUGGUCCGCUACAAAUACCGAACAAGGCAGGGUACGAUACAGCAGUGGUAUUAAAUCUUUUUAAUAAAGUUUUCGAUUCUGUAAACGCACAUACUUUGUAUCCAGAGACUCCUUUACGCGUUGCAGUAACAAAAAAUAGCAAUCAUCAUGAUUUUUGGCCAUAUGCUAUCAAAUUUUUAUCCAAUAUGCGAUAUGUAGAUCCAAAAACUAAGCAGCCAGUUAAGUGCAUACCAUCAUUAAAAAAUUGGAUUUUUACUCUACGUGGAUUUCAAAGCAUAUGGAAAACAGUUAAUAACGCAGGCAUACAGUUUUUAAAAACAAGAAAUAUUAAUCAAGAUCCACUAGAAAAUUUUUUUGGCUCUAAUUGUGAAAAUAAAAAUGAUGGUGAUUUGCUAUUUACAUUAAAAAACUUUGUGAAAAAUGCUUCUCAAGUAAACAAUACAGACCAAGUAGAAGAAGAUUCUGUAGAAUCAUUCCAAAUUUCGCAAGAAAUGCAUACAGUCUCACAGCAUAGAAUCAAUCAUGCGUAUGUCGCUGGCUGA